AGUCAGCAGUCAGUUGUCGCCGGCCCUUCAGCGCGGCGGGACACGUGCGCUACUGGUGCAGUGGGCGCAGUUAGGCCCUCCGGGUAGGCGCGGCCGUCCGACUGCUAGCCUAAUGCAGCCCUUAGCCGAGCUGGACGCUUCCGAAUCCUCGCUCGUGAACAUUUCAUUUAGUUAGCGGUUUUCCUGCCCGUUCUCGCAAUAAUCCGGCGGUGGCUGUUGCAUUGUUAGCGCUUUAUCGUCGCAAUCAUUUGCACAGAAUCGGGUUUCGAAAUAAGUGUAAAUUGUUGAAUCCAAGAUAUCAAAGUCGGUUUAUAUUUCUUUGUUUAUCUUAUUUGUAACGUUUUCCGCCACAAGUUGAUUCCCGGUGUUCUGUUGAGUGGCGACAGUGGCGCUCCCACGUGGGCCAAUCAGCGAGGAGUUGCCUGAAGACUGCAGCGCUGCAGCUGGUCUGUGCACCUUCUGCGAUCAGGCUUGCAGGCCUGCAGGCGGGAUGCAGUAGCCAUGCAGUAGCAGCUCUGAUGCAGUAGCCAUGCACUCGCAGCUGGGCGCCGCGGCGGGCGUGGCGGGUCCGCCCCUGCACUUCAGAGACCACGGCGACUACGAGGAGCUCGCCGUCAUCGGGAACGGCGCCUACGGCACGGUGUACAAGGCCAGGAACGUGGCGAGCGACGCCGUGGUCGCCAUGAAGAAGGUGCGGGUGCCCUUCACAGAGGAGGGCAUUCCCACCUCCACCAUGCGGGAGAUCGCCAUGCUGAAGCAGCUGGACCAGUACGAGCACCCCAACAUCGUCCGGUUGCUGGACAUCUGCCACGGGGAGAAGCUGCGCAGCGAGCAGCGCCUCACGCUGUACCUCAUCUUCGAGCACGUGGACCAGGACCUGGCGUGCUACCUGGAGCGCUGCCCCCCGCCGGGCCUGCCCCCAUCGCGCAUCAAGGACAUGAUGUUCCAAAUCCUGAGCGGCGUGGACUUCCUGCACUCGCACCGCGUGGUGCACCGCGACCUGAAGCCCCAGAACCUGCUGGUGACAGCCGCCGGGGUGGUGAAGCUGGCCGACUUCGGCCUCGCCAAGUCCUACGACUUCGACAUGCGGCUCACCUCCGUGGUGGUGACGCUGUGGUACCGCUCGCCAGAGGUGCUGCUGGGUCUCUCCUACUCCUCUGCCCUGGACUUGUGGUCGUGUGGCUGCAUCAUGGCGGAGCUGUUCCGACGCGCUCCGCUCUUUCCUGGCAAUUCCGAGGGCGACCAGCUGAACAGAAUAUUCGAGGUGGUGGGUACGCCUCGUCAGGAAGAGUGGCCCGAGCGGUCGUCCAUCCUGUGGUCGUCGCUGGUGUACCGGCCGCCCGCCCCGCUGGUGUCGCUCAUGCCGGAGCUGUGCGUGCCGGGCGAGGACUUGCUCAAGAAAUUGCUGAAGUUUGACCCUGAGGAGCGCAUCUUGGCAAGGGAAGCUUUGCGCCACCCGUACUUCAGCGAGGCUGGCCUGGUGCCUGCGGAGCCCAAGCCGGCCGGCCUGGGCACUGGCCCCCAGGCAUCGUAGCCACUCGGGCGUCCACGCCAGGGGGUUGCCAGCCCUCAACAUGUCAACUUCUUGGAAGUCACUCGAAGAAGUCAACAGUUUCAACUCUUGUGUUCUGUGACACAUACUAUUGAAAAAUUUUCUUCGAUCUGAUAUUUUACAAUGCAUCUUACUGUAUCGGAUAAUAAACUUGUAAAAAAAGAAUGGCUUUAGUGGCAUCAAUUCAAUUGAGUUUCACUCAGUGAAAUGUUGUGAAAAGCUAUGGAAGGUGAAGGAAGAGCUAAACUAGCGCUUCUGGACUUUGUGGACACCCUGUACCUGACACAGCCCUCACUGGUGGAGAGCAAAGUGCGUGCUUCGACUCGAGAACAGUGUGCAUUAGUUAUCACGGAUGAAGAUGUUGUGUCUGUGAACUCACCCAAGCAAUCUUCCAUGUACUGUAAAUAAACUGGAAUUGUGUGUGGAUGAACACAGCAUUUUUGUGAUUUUAUUCUCCAAUACUAAAUAUUUUUCUAGUUUCUGUACUAUUAUUACAGUUACAAUCUAAAUUCACACCUCGAGACUAUAAAAACUUGUGCAUUUGUAUUGAAAUUGCAAGACUGUAAACAUUUGUAUUUUGUUGCAAUUACAGUGAACCGGAGCUUCGACACGAAGUAUCGAAUCACUUGCAAAUGAACUGGGUAUCUGGUUGGUUGACAGUUAUUAUGAGAGGAAAGUAGUUUACAUGAUUAGGAUGACAAAAGAUGCUGUUCAUGGCAUGUAACCUCUGUGUUCUCUCUUAUUUGCUGCUUGUUUACCAGUUCACAGUGAUCGUCAGUGCCUCCGAUUUCAUAAUGGACAUGUAAAUAAAAAUUGAUGUUCUGUGUAUCCUGCUAAGGACAACUUAAAGAAAGCUUUACAUUAAUUUAAUUUAUUAGUGUUGUAGCUGCUAAAUGUUGCAUAUAUGUAAUGGCAAUUAAAAUUAGAAAUUCUU